AUGAGGUCCACUCUAAUUCUGUCUGGUUUCGAGAAGAGACCGUGGGCUCGUAUGGGCCAGGUGAAGCGACUCCUGUAUCUGGCAUGCGGUCGUGGGGAGAUCGAGGUGGACUUGGAAUCAGGAGUUUGGCUUAGGAGCUUUCAGCUGCUGGACCUGGAACAUCACCAUCAGGAUCCGGUGCAAGAAUGGGGCGAGGAGGUGGAGGAUGGCGUGGUUUACGGGGUCACCCUUCACAGGGAGCCCGUCCAACCGACCUCUGAACAACCGGACACCCAGUCAGCCUUUAACUUCGCCCAGUACAAGACCCUCAAAGUCCGCAGGCUCAAAGCCGCCACCCUGGACCGCUUGGUGACGGAGCUUGUCAGCCCCGAGUGUAAUGAAGCAGACUAUGGCCGCAUCUUCCUCUCCACGUAUCGGGCCUUCACCUCCACCAACACGCUGAUUGAGCUCCUCUUUCAAAGGGAAGACAUGAUAACCAAUCCAGACAACACAGUUUGCUUGAGAAGCAUGCUGCCUCCGUUAAUCCGAAUGUGGCUGGAGGACUACAGUGAAGAUCUAAGAGACGGACCUCAGUACCAAUCCCUUCGUCUUCUGUAUGUCCAUUUGCGUCACCGCCUCUGUUUCCGACGGUUGGCCAGCCACGCCGAGAACCUCCUAAAGAAAUUUCAGGAAGAAGAUAGGCAAAGCUGCUCCACUGACAACAAUGUGGCAGCUGAGGCCUGUGGUGCUUCAGAGGAGGACGUGACCAGAGACGUGUGUAUGGAGAGUCAAGUCAUCGAGGAGCAGGACAGUUUCAUGACCUUCCCAGUACGGGAGAUCGCCGAGCAGCUAACACGACUGGAUGCCGAUCUCUUUGUCAAAGUGGUACCAUUUCAUUGCCUGGGUUGCGUUUGGUCUCAGAGGGACAAGAAGGAAAACCGUUGCUUGGCGCCCACCGUACGAGCCACCAUCGCCCAGUUUAACGCCGUUACAAAUCGGGUCAUCACCUCUCUGUUGUGUGCCCCUUCCACGGCUCCCCCCAGCUCCCCCACUGGCUCGUCCACUAAUCCCACCCACAGGGCCAGGAUCAUCGAGAAGUGGAUCGCUGUGGCACAGGAGUGCAGACAACUGAGGAACUUCUCUUCCCUCAGGGCGAUCCUUUCGGCCCUUCAGUCCAAUGCUGUUUACCGACUGAAGAGAACCUGGGCAGCUGUUAGCAGGGAAAGCAUCGCUGUCUUCGAUCAUCUCUGCGAAACUUUCCCGGAUGAAAACUGUGUGCUGACCAACAGGGAGAUUUUAGUAGAGGACGGGAACCAACCAGCCUCUAGGACGCCACCACUGCCACCCAGAUCUCCCAAACGGGCUCCACUUGCAUCUCCUGACCCGUUGAAUGUCUUUUCGUUUGCACAGAAUACCAACAGUGGCGUGGUUCCAUACCUGGGAACGUACCUUACUGUCCUCACAAUGUUGGAUACAGCGCUGACUGACACAGUGGAGGGUGGCCUCAUUAACUUUGAAAAACGCAGACGAGAAUUUGAGAUUCUCUCUCAGAUUCGGCAACUCCAGGCAUCCUGUGCCAAGUACACCUUCUCUUCCCAUUCCCACAUCUCCACCUGGCUCAACAGCGGAGGUCUCCUCUCCGACCAGGAGAGUUAUGAACUGUCCCGAGAGUUGGAACCUCCUGUUGACCCUUGUCCCAGCUCCCCUAGCUCCUGGAGCCGCCGCCUGCUAACCAAGAAACUCAGCACCAAACUGCUGCUUGGUGGAGAUAACUCUACGAAGAAGACACAUUGUGACCAGAUCAGCGUCUCAUCCUCUGGAUCCAGCAGUUCGGAAAUAGAGGAUCUGUCCAGUCCCAGUAAUUCGCCUAAUGGAGUCAAACUCAAGUCUCUGUCGCGCUCCUGUCAAAAUAUCUCGGACGAUUUUGACACCACCUCCAGCUCCGUAUCCCCGACUCUCUCCACCUCCUCCUGCAGCUCCUCACAGCAAGAUUUAUGUGCCCUGAGCCCUGAUUGCACCUCCCCACCUCCCUUGCUCUCUCCUUCAGCAUCAUUGUCACCAUCCUCCUCUUCCUCCUCCCUGAACCAACAACUUCCUGUCUACAACAAACAAGUUGCCGACUCUUGCAUCGUCAGGGUCAGCGUGGAGUUCGGCAACAAUGGCAACAUCUACAAAAGUAUUCUGCUGACCAGUCAGGAUAAGACGGCCCAGGUCGUCCAGAGAGCCCUGGAGAAACACAACCUGGAGGAGAUGAGCUGUCAAGACUUCACACUCACCCAGGUGUUAUCGCAGGAUAAAGAACUCCUGAUACCCGACAAAGCCAACGUGUUCUACGCCAUGUGCACCACGGCUAACUACGACUUUGUUCUGCGCCAGCGCUGGAGAUGCCACGGAAAAGCGCUAGGGUCUUCGUCCAGCCCAGUGGCCGCGGCAAGAGGACGCCACGCUAAAUGACGGCACUUCCCCGUUGCGUUGGAACAUUUUGCCGCGUUUUUGAGGACAAUCAUCCGCUUGUGCAAA